AUGGCAGCAAAAUUUAGUGGAAAUUUAGGAUCUGGUGAUGGUCCAGUGAAUGAUUUUUUGAACUCAUCUUGCCAAUCACAUUUUGGUUUACAAAAUGACGAAUCUUUAAAAAAAGUAUCGUUAUUCGAUAGUCAUAAAAUAAAUGGAGAAGGUCCAUUACAAAAGUUUGGAAUUGCUAAAAAAUGUAUUGAAGAAAUAUAUUUACGAUUGGAAAAAUAUGCCGAAAAGAUGGCAAAUUGUUAUGAAGAUGCUACUAGUAGAAAUUGUGAUCAUAUACCACCUGAUAAAUUUGAGGAAGCUAAAAGUAAUUUAGAAUCUAUACAUGCUAUUCUUGAAACUUUCAAUAGAGAUAAAAUGAAAGUAGUAUUUUUUGGAAGAACAAGUAAUGGUAAGAGUACUUGUAUUAAUGCAAUGCUUCAUAGAAAAAUAAUGCCACAAGGUAUGGGUCAUACUACAUGUUGCUUUCUUCAGUUAGAAGGAUCAGAAAAUAAUGAAAAAUAUUUAACAAUAGACAAUAGUAGUGAAAAAAUUUCAUUUGACAAACUUCAUCUUCUUGGUCAUGCACUAAGUGACAACAAUAUAGAUUUACCUUCUUUAGGAUCUUCCUCAUUAGUUCGUGUUCAUUAUCCAAAAAAAUCAGCUGAUAUGUUAGAAAAUGAUGUUGUAAUCUUGGAUAGUCCAGGUGUAGAUUUUUCUGAAGAAUUAGACUCAUGGAUUGAUGAUCAUUGUUUGGAUGCAGAUGUUUUUGUUUUUGUAUGUAAUGGUGAAUCGGCAAUGACUAGAGCAGAAAAAGGUUUUUUUCUUAAAAUGGGAUUUAAGGAAUUAGAAGUAUGUACUGAACAAAGUGCUCUUAAUCGUAUAUUUUUUAUUUCUGCAAAAGAAAUGCUUGAACAAAGACUUCAUCCUGAAAAAGUAGUAGGAUUGGAUACAAGAAAAGAAUACAUAGCAAAUGCUUUUAAACAUUUUGAAAAAUCAUUUAAAGAAUGUAUUUCAAAGUCUGCAAUUCUUACAAAAUUUGAAACAAGAGCUAAUAAAAUUCGUCUAAUUGUUAGUAGUAUGAUUAGUAACAUUGAAGUUGUAUUAAAUGGUUUGAAAAAGAAAAAUCAAAUUUUACAAGAUGAAUGGUCAAGACAUUCAGAAUUUUGUAAUAAAUCAAGACAAGAAUUUGAUGAUUUAAUUGCUUAUAUUGGAAACGAAACACAAAAAAUUAGAGAAGAAGUACAUCUUCGUGUAUCAACAGAUUUUUUUACUGUUACUCAAAAAUUACCAACAAUAAUUGAAAGAUUUGAAGAUAGAAUUUCUGAAGGUGAACCAUUAAAAGUAUACAAAUUAAAAUUAGUUCAAUUUUUGGAAGAUGAAAUUACGAAAGAAAUAGAAGGUUUAUGUAAAACAAAUAUAAAAAGUCGUAUUCGUUCAUUACAAAAACAAAUAUAUAGUUGUGUUAAAGAUAUUUAUCAAAAUGAGUUUUCUGAUAAAAUUGAUAGUGCUUGGAAACGUGUUAAACGUCCAAGAAUAGGAAUAUUUGUUGAUUGUACAACACUUCUUGUUGAUUUUCAUGAAGAUUUAGAAUUUCAUUUUUCUCUAGGAAUUUUUAAUUUGGCACGUCGUUUUAUUUCAUUAAUAUCAGGUGAACCUGUAACUGCUGUUCCAAGAUUACAUUCUCCUAUGAUAGAUGAACCAAUAAUGACAGAGAUAACUAAAGAACCCGGUGGUCGUAUUAGAUUAAAAAGUGAAUCAGAUGAUCAAAACACGCUUAGAAAAGCAGCAAAAGUGGGAAAUCUUAUUAGUAACAUUUCCUCAUUUGCAUCUUUAGGAGUUGGGGCAAUUUUAGUUGGUGGUAUGGUUAUAAGUAAAGUUAGUUGGAAAGUACUUGGUUCAGCAGUUGCUAUUUAUGGGGGUUUAUAUAUGUUUGAAAAGUAUCAAUGGGAAUCAAGAGGAAAAGAGGAAUUGUUAAAAAAUCAACUUGUAUAUCACUUAACACGUAAAAUACGUAAUGAUGUUCAUCAUCAUGCUCAUGCUGGUAUUGUAGAAACAGAAAGAGAGCUUGAAGCGUGUAUGGAUCAUUAUAUAAAUGCUCAUGAAGAAAUUCAAAGUAUUUUAAAACAGGAAACAGUUCAAUAUUCCGAUGAAAAAAGUUCUAUAAAUAAUACAAUAAAUACAUUACAAGUAUUGAAGGGCAACAUUACCCUUGUUACAAGUGAUGUUGAUAAAUUCGAAGAAAAAUUUUUAAUACAUUAG